CUUUGUCGCGGGUAAGUUAUACACGUCGAUCUACACAAUUUAGUCACUGUUUGCGCAGCCCAUGAAUCUUCCUCGGGCAAGGACAUGGGAGUACUCACCGCAUCAGGGAUCUUCAUCUGGAUGCCCGGCUUCAAACGACUUAUCCAUCGCGAGGCCGCUCUCAACGACACAGCAACCCUCCUCAACCUCAAUCACUCCCUCGACAACGUCCGAGACAUCUCCGUCUAUCUAGCCCUCGGAGAAUCAAAUGAAAAAGCCGCAAUUGCGACCCGUAAAGGUCUAUUUAUCGUGUCCCUAGACCCCGAUAUCAGCAACCUCACUGCGGAGGCCCCGGCUCGCCCUGGCCUAUCUGUCUGCCGCGUCGCGAAAUACGACCACAGCCGACACCUAUCUUUCAUCUCAUGUCUGCAGAUGACGCACACUGGGCUCUUUUUCAACUAGUACCCAUCUUCGGAGCAAAACAGGCCUUCUCAGCCUGCACGGCGCAUGGUGAUGAUCCCUGGAAGGCAGAGACACUUUGCCCGGCCUGGAGCCUAUUGAGUCUAGUGAUGAUGAUGAGCCGGGUGAAGGUGCAGUUUUGAUCCGCUUUCUCCCACUAACGCAGAGCAAGCUGGCCUACCCUUAC